AUGCCAGCUUCGAAUUCUUCAGCCAGGCAUGAGCAUUUGGAACCCGUUGGUUCCAUGGCCCUGGAUCCUCCUGUUUCUGAGCGCAAGCGCACUGCUUCUGUUGAUUCUAAGGCUCCAAAGAAAAGCGGCACUGAACCUGUGGGCAAGAAAGCUAAGCCCAAAACAAAGCACUUAGAUAAGCCUGAGAAGCUUGCGAAGACCUCUAAGACCGCUGCUGCGGCUUCCUCGGUUCCAAGCACCAUGGAUCCGGCUGGGUUGGAGGAAUCUGGUACUCCACCUCCUCCUAGAACCCCCUCGCUACAGUUCGGUUCCGAGUCUCCCGGUUCCCAGAUGGCUUUUCCUGAACUUUCUGUCUCGGACUUGGAAUUAGCAAAGUCCAUGUUUUUGCCUCCUGUGCCUUCGGCUCCAAACCAACCUUCUACGUCUGCUCAGGCACUUGGAUCCAUACCCUUUCAGCAGUCUAUGGGCCCACAAGCUUGGUGGCCCCAGCAAUGGCCAAUGCAGGCUUCUGCUCCAUGGAACCCUUAUGGUGCGCCUUGGUUCCCAACUCCGUACCAACAGCAGCCUGUCUCAUGGUCUGCUCCGUUCCAAGCUCCCCCGCCGGUUCCAGGUCCAGCUGGAGACUCCCGGUUUUCUAUCCAGGGCAGCGGUUCAGACUCUGACAAGGACUCGGUGCCUCUCCGAUCCGACCCUGGAUCCGAGGCUCCCUCGGAUUCAUCUCCGGAUGAAGCUUUUUGUGGGCUCCCUCUUUCUCCCAAUGAGGAUCCUCGGGGUUUUGCUGACCAAAUGUUGCGCUUGGCUAGGUCCUUAGAAGUGGACAUUGCAUCUUCUGCGCUUAAACCAAAGGAGAAGAUCCUGGCGCCUAUUUACUCGGACGCCCCUUUAACUGUUGCGUUGCCUGUAUUGUCUGAUUUCAUGGAUAACGCUAAGUGA